AUGGAUCGAAUUCCGCCCUCUUCCUCCUACCCCACGCCUGGGUCCGCCGGCCCAGUGCCCCCCGCCAUGGCCUCCGCAGCCCAUCUCUCUCCGCUCACCACCGUUCACGAGGGUCGCAUUUGGGCUCUACAAGUGGUACAGCAGCCAAUUCGCGCCCGCAUGUGUGGCUUCGGUGACAAGGAUCGGCGACCCAUUACGCCUCCUCCAUGCAUCCGUCUAAUUGUCCGGGACGCUCAAACAGAAAAGGAAAUCGAUAUCAAUGAGAUUGAUACCUCCUUUUAUGUACUCAUGGUCGAUCUGUGGAAUGCCGAGGGGACGAGCGAAGUCAACUUGGUGAAGCACUCGGCCACCUCUCCGUCGAUAUCUACCGCCAUGUCCUCGUCAUACCCGCCUCCGUUGCAGAACGUCUCACCUUCGUACCCUCCGUAUGCGCAAAAUGCCUAUGGUCAGCCUGUUGGUUACCCGCACAUGAAUAACUACUACGCCGGAAACCCGCAACUUCAAUACCAAAACCCCUAUGGAGCGAAUCCGCAAGCCCAACCUUACUACCCCUACUAUGCCGGGGGUCACAUGCCACCCGCCAACAUCUCCCCAGCGCAGCCUGUUACCGCCGCUCCAGGUGCUGGCAUGUUCACGCGAAAUCUCAUCGGCAGUUUGAGCGCCAGUGCAUUCCGACUGACGGAUCCGGAGAACAAGAUCGGUGUCUGGUUCAUUCUGCAGGACCUGAGUGUACGGACAGAGGGUUCCUUCCGCCUGAAAAUGAGCUUCAUCAACGUGGGCACCCAAUCCGGGGAAUCUCCCAAUGGCGUGUCGGUAAUCAACCACGGGUCAGCGCCCGUACUGGCAUCCGUAUUCUCCGAGCCCUUCCAUGUCUACUCCGCCAAGAAGUUCCCCGGUGUCAUCGAAAGCACGUCCCUCAGCAAAUGCUUCGCGCUCCAAGGCAUCAAGAUCCCGAUCCGAAAGGACGGCGUCAAGGGAUCGCGCGGGCGACACAGUGACAACGAUGACGGUGGAGAUGAGUAUGACUAG